AUGCUUAGCAAGGAAUUUCUAGGGCAGGAGAGUAAGGUUACUAUAGCAACCACGUCCGCUAAACACUAAGCGUACUCUUCAAUCUUCUGUUGAAAAAUUUCGAUAUAAAAAAAAAAAACAUUCAAUGUUCAAAUGAAGAAUGUUCGUUGAAUGAUAAAUAUUUUUCCUUUAUACUCGAUGAUCUUUAAAUUGAUCGUUAUUAUUUGUUGAUUUUUAAAUUGUUAUUAUUUAAUUAUUUAAUCGUUAUUAUUUAUUGAUUUUUAAAUUGUUCGUUGAAUUAUAAAUAUUUUUCCUUUAUACUCGAUGAUUUUUAAAUUGAUCGUUAUUCUUUGAUCAUGCUUUAUAUUAUAGUUUCGAUGAAUUUCUUCCAGUUUUACCGAUGAUCGAAUUUAAAGAAAAAUUAAACAGUGGGUAAGAUCGGAUUUAAUGGAGAAAUCAACAGUAGGUAAUGUUACUUUAUUUGAGCAAAUGACGUGUAAUCUGUGACUCAUAUGUACGUAUAGUAUUCCAUCAUGUAUAAUUCAUGAAUGUGCUAUCUUCCGACACGAUAGAAGACACGUGUGUAUCUUCAUACGAGUUUUAUUUUCGGGUUCUGUGGGCCAAUGUACCGCGUCACGUGUUGAAAACGACCAUACUUUGAAAAAAAUAUUCAAAGCCUGCAUUUCACUGGUUUGCCUGUGUACGAUAUUCGAACAAGUAGCGAUCUAUGAAAUAAUAUGGAACGAAAAGGACCCGGAUGGACGAAUGUUUAUAUAUUCAGGCACAGAUCGAUCAAGAUUGAUCGUUCACACUGAAUUUUGAAAGCACUUUCAUCCAUUCGUAAGUAUGAGAAAUUGUUGGCCCAAGAGGUGAGAGACGCGGGCUAAAAGCAAUGUUUAAUUUAUAAAAUACUUUCUAAACGCGGCCUUUCUACCCGUUGCACGACUCAACUCCAUCUUUCUUAUUUCAGAUACACAUAUAUGCUUCCAAUGAUAAAUCGAUAUGAAACGAUAAAACGGGACGAGAGGGAAGAGAAAGAAAUUGAAUUUGGCGUCUCGUUUGCUUCGAUGUUAGAUAUUCUCCCCUUCCCCUCUUCCCCGCAACGGGAUCGAACGAAAGCGCAAUUCCCUGGAUUAACUCGGUCACAGUGGCAACAUUGUGUAUUCGUCGGCAGUGCUGUUGGAUACGCGGCGCGCCGUCUCCAUCGCAACCGAUAGAUUCGUAGAUCGGUGCGUGAGCAGCGUCGGUUUGCGGGCACCGUGGAUGAAACAAGCCGCAGAACGCAACGCGGGAAGCCUUGUACUCGUUGUUGCAUCGAACAAUACCGUAAUGAUACAUGCUUCCCCCCCACUUAACACCGCAUUCUCAAUAGAACAAUGUCCCCGUUCGAGCCCAUUGUACAUAAUGCACGCGCCUACGCUUUCUGCGUGCCGCUUUGCCAUUACCACAGAGGGUGGUAAUGGCAAAUUUGAAAAUUUGCUUUCAAAAGAAAUGCGAGGAUUGCCGAUAGAAAUUUGAACACGUUACUCGGCAAGUAGAACUGCAGGUUUCAAUACGUUUGUGAGGAAUUUGAAUGUUACUCGCAGUGACAGCUGUGUCGCUUUGAUGUACGUAUGUAUGACAUUGUAUGUUGGAAAUCAUGAUGAUUAUAAUCACGCUGAUAAAGUUGUUUAUAUUGAAAUUGUAUGACAUCCACGAUAUGGGUUUCGCUUUUUUAAACGUGUUUGACUCGUGCUUACAUUUAAUUUAAUCACAAAAAAAUUGCUAGCACUAAGAUGUCGAUCAUCUGAUAGCUGAUUCACGCAGUUAAUACUAAACGUACCAAGCG